UUUCGCCGGUCAUAAACAACGUUAUUGCCAUGCCGUUUUAAUCGAUCCAUUUUUUUAAAUUAAAAAAAUUCAAAAUAAUGGAUGAUCCAAUGCUAAAAUCGAUUCAGGAAGCAGUGUUGAAAAAGACAAGCAUUCCGGAAAAAUUACAAAUUGAAUGUUCGAAUAUAAAUGAUGUAUCUGAUGAUGGUGAUAAUAUUUUAUUAAAACAAAAAGUUAUUGGCUAUGAUUUUAACAAAGGAAUCAAUCAUUCGGCAUUAUUGCAAACAUAUUUGACAACCGGAUUUCAAGCGACAAAUUUCGGCUUGGCAAUCAAACAAAUUGAAUCAAUGCUUAAUGCUCGUUUGGAACCAUACGAACCAGAUGAAUAUGAAGAUGAUCCAUUUAUUCGACGACAAACCGGUUGUACAAUAUUUCUUGGUUAUACUUCAAACAUUGUUUCAAGUGGUAUUCGUGAAUCGAUUCGUUUUCUUGUACAACAUAGAAUGAUUGAUUGUAUAGUCACAACGGCCGGUGGUAUCGAAGAAGAUAUUAUCAAAUGUUUAGCACCUACUUAUGUUGGCGAUUUUCAUUUAUCCGGUCGACAAUUACGUCAAAAUGGAAUUAAUCGUAUUGGAAAUCUUCUUGUACCGAAUGAUAAUUAUUGUCUUUUUGAAGAUUGGAUCAUACCGAUAUUGGAUGAUAUGAUUCGUGAACAACAAACAGAAAAAAUAAUAUGGACACCAUCCAAAAUGGCCACUAGACUUGGCAAAGAAAUUAAUAAUGAAGAAUCUAUUUUGUAUUGGGCAUAUGUUAAUCGUAUUCCAAUAUUUUGUCCUGCAUUAACCGAUGGUUCAUUGGGUGAUAUGAUUUAUAUGCAUUCAUUUCGAAAUCCUGGCCUUAUUUUGGAUAUUGUCGGUGAUAUUCGUCGUCUGAAUUCGAUUAGUAUGAAAGCUAAACAAAGUGGUAUGAUCAUACUUGGUGGUGGUGUGGUUAAACAUCAUAUUUGUAAUGCAAAUCUAAUGCGAAACGGUGCUGAUUAUGCAGUGUUCAUAAACACUGGUCAAGAAUUUGAUGGUUCUGAUUCGGGUGCACGACCAGAUGAAGCAAUUUCAUGGGGAAAAAUAAAAUUGACAGCAAAUCCAAUCAAAUUAACCUGUGAUGUAUCAUUGAUUUUUCCAUUAAUUAUUGCAGAAACAUUUGCAAAAUAUCAUCAUUUUAGUCUUUCGAAAAAAUUGUCUUGAACAAAUCAAGAGAGA